GCAGUGCGUGUCUGGCCGCCUCCCAGCACCUCCUCUCUCCUCCUCACUGCACUAAAACGACAAACCAGUCCGACCAGUCCGCAGCACAAAUGGCAUCCGACCGGACCGGGACGACGCUCGAGGAGAGCGCAGAGGUCCGUGCAUCAGAUCUGGGGCCGUUUGAGGAUCUGGGGUGUAACAUCCCGAAGAGACAUGCCCGGGUCACCGUGAAGUACAACAGGAAGGAGCUGCAGCGGCGGCUGGACGUGGAGAAGUGGAUCGAGGACAGUCUGGACCGGCUGUACGCGGGACAGGAGAGUGACAUGCCAGAGGAAGUGAACAUCGAUGAUUUGAUCGACCUUCCUAAUGAUGAGGAGCGAGUCAAAAACUUACAGGAGCUUCUUCGAAAGUGCAAUAACAGCACAGAGAUGUUCAUCAAAGAGCUGGUGGCAAAGCUAGAGGGAGUUCAAAAACAGGACGAGCUGCAGAGCGAAGGCAUCGAGCAUCCGGUCAUCUGCCACAGCCACUAUCGCCAUGAGCCCUACCACUUCAACAACCCACAGCAGCAGCACUUCCAGCACAAACAAGACCAAAACCAGCCGCUCUGAUGACCCAUGAACACAAACACCAACUGUUUGAUAUGAAAACAUUAAUUGUCAGUUAUGUUGGAUGAUGAAAGGCAAAAAUCAGUGAAGGAUUAAAUAUACCUUAUGAACUGCUCUUUGCAGACACAUAUAUCAGUCCCACUCUCAUAGCUGUCUAAUAUUAAGCUACAACAGGCCGAAGUUAAAGACAGAAAUUAGGAACUAACUAGCCGCGCUCUGUCCAAAGGCCACAAAAUCCAUCCACCAGCACGUCUGAAGCUCACUAAUUAAUAUUAAUUACCAUGUGGAGUCUCUACUGGUUGUCUGGCAACCUUAGAAUGGUGACAAGAUUCCAGGAAGUCGCUGAUCAAGACCAAAAAAUAGUCUCUCACAUAACCUGCUAUAAAACCACAACAUGCCAUUCAUACACUUCAGUUUAUAAUUAAACAAAGGAGGCAUAACAUGUUCAUACAUAUCAACUCUUUCAGAUACCCCCUUUAUCAUCCAAUAGAAAAAUCUGUAAAAUCCAUAGUCUGUAGGACCUAGAAAUGACAGCAAAAUAUAUUACAUGUGAACUCUUUUAACUUUAUUUAAAAAAUCAUCAAUAGGGAUGUUUAAUUGUGUCAUUUUACCAGCAAAAAAUGAUGAAUAGUCACAUCCUGAAUGUGAGAUAUCAAGGUGGCCACGUGCAAUGUCUAUGAAGCAAAGGAACAUUUAGAUCCACACUGUGCAGAGACAUAUUCAUCAGAGAGAGAAUCAGCCACAGAUGAUGUUUGUGCUUUCCAAAUGCCGAUGCCCUGACAAAUGUAAAAUGGGCUGAAGUUAAACUUUGCAACUUUGCCGCACAACACAAUCUGCCAGUGGCUGUAGCAAACCACCUGACUGAGCUUUAACCAUGCCUGUAUAGAUUUUUUAAAUUCAAUAGGGUUUUAGGUAUACAUCUGUCAGCAGUUUAAAUCUGCAUAAUGUACUGUACAUGCAUGUCGUAUUGGUUCACAUGUAUUCAGGUUGAUUAUUGAGUUUUACUGCUGCCAUUGUAUGGAAUCAGUAACCUCUAUUUCUCACUGACAGCAAAUAAGCAUAUUUCCCAAAAUGACAUACUUUUCCUUUAAACACUUCAUAAAACUAAUGGUUUGUGAUGUAUCUUGUGGAUGGAUAAUUGACCAAGCUUAAGACAUGAGGUAGAAAUACUAUCUCCUCUUCUCCUAUCUGGAGUUAAUGAAAUAGAAUGGGCUUCACCCAGUAAUACUACAGGAGAAAAUCAUGAAAAUAUCAAAUUUAUCCACUCACAGUAUCAAAAAUGCCAGCAAACAUUUAUUUUCAACACAAAACAUGGGACUCUCAUUUUAACGUGACUGGAAAUAUUUGCUAUUCUCACAUUUUUCCUCUCACUGUUUUUGUCACUCUGUCCAUGUAGAACAGUUUCUGGAUGAAUGAAUAUGAAGGAAAGUAGGAUUAACAAAAGUGAUUUUUGAGCUCUUCAUCUUGAAAUAACAUCCAAGGAUGGAUUUUACAUUAAAAACCUCAUUGUCUGACUUUACCACUGAACUGAACUGAGUUGCUGUUUGUUCCACUUUCCACUGAGCACAUCAGCACGAGUUUUAGAUAACACUGCUAUCAGAUGCACAUACCUGUGUGACUUAUUUAACAUCAGUUAAAUGAAGAUGGUUAUUUAUUGUCAUGAUUACAGGAGAUGGACAUGGAUCCUACCAGCAUGAUGUAACACUGGAAGUAAUCCAUUACUUACACACUGUAGCUUUUCAAUGACGUGUCACUGUCAUUCAUCCCGUCUGUUUUUGAGUUGUGUUGUUGCUACAUUUUCCGUUAUGUCAGUAUGUUCACUAAACUUUGAUUCUGAAGAGAGAUAUCAGCUCUCUGCAGAAAUUGCUAAUAAAAUGUUUUCCUUAA